AUGUACAGACGUAAACCAAAAUCAAGGUCACCUGCUGCAAGAAGCCCCAGUCCUUACAGGAAAGCGGAUCCCACGCCCUUGGAGCUGGACCGCUUUAUACCGUGGAUGUUCAUGAAAUUACAGUCGGAAUACACUGUAGUGAUUAAAAGAGUGCAGCAAGAGGAAUUUCCUCGAGGUCGCAACAGCAGAUUCGUGAGUAGUUCACGCGUUUCACGGGUAUCUACCGUGUCUGUUCGGCAAACAGAAUCCUAUCCCACACUAGUAACAACGAAACCUUCUAACACAUCCCUUAAUGUAGAAAACGCCAUACAAUUGACUAUAGUUUACAGCCGAGCCGGCCAUGCGGUAGAAAUUACUAUUAACGCCUGCCCUUUUCCGAUAAACCGAAAGCUAACUGAUGUCAUCUCACUCUCUCUUCCGUAUCACACCCGGCUCAAUAAAUUCACCUGCAGAGGAAAAGGCCUAGAUCACGGCGUCAUUGCUGAAAUCGUAAAAAUGAUGCAGUUUUCAAAUUUAACGGAUAUAUGCCUUGAUAAUACUUUUGUGCCCCAAGGGACUUACUAUGUUUUAUUGGACCAAGCUUCUACACUAAGAUGCCUUUCUUUAAGUAAGUGUAGAAUCAAUGAUAUUGUGUGCAGAAAAAUAGCUGAACGCCUGGAAUAUAAUGGUCCGGCUUCUAGGAAUCUUCGUAUUCUCAACUUGUCUUGUAAUUUAAUUACUGAUAUAGGAGCUCAGGCGUUAGGACAUUCACUAAGAACCAAUCGUCAUAUUAUACAUUUGAAUCUAUGUGGCAAUAGCAUUACAAGUGUGGGUGCUGGAUAUCUUUUAGAGCCUUUAUCAGAAUUCCUUCUCUCUACGGAUGAAAUUAAGGAAAGGAUUCGUAGGAGACGAGACUUUUAUAGUAAAAAAGUAGCAAUACCAAAAUCUUCAACAAGUACCCAUACAAAUUUGAGCAUUGAAAAUGGAAAGAAUCUUAAAGACGGAGAAUUUCUACAGAAAAUUUCUUCAGUUCAUUCAAAGACAGUUGUGAAUUUAACUGGUGUUGACGAAAAAGUGGUGGUAGAAGACUUCUCAGAUCCUUCUAAUACAGUUUUUAAGAAUGGCCGUAGAUUUUCCAUUGGAAACUUAACUUUGUGUUCGUUGAACCUCGGAUACAACUAUUUGGAUUAUACAAUUUUGUCAAGGAUUAUCGAUGUGUUAAUAUAUCAAAAAGAUCAAGAAAGAUCUCUAAGGCGCACUGGUUUACUGAGGAUUGUUAUAGAAGGAAACAAUUUGCCAGUUGGCUGCGAGGAGUACAGCAAGAUAGAGAUGUGUUUGGUUAUACUCAAUAAUGAAGCUUGGUCUUUCAAAAAGAAACGAAAGUCGUCAUCAAAAGCUCGCCACGAGACAAGUUCCAGAAAUGGCUCCUCUAGUGUAGUUCUAAUGUCUUAAUAAUAUUUCCUUAGA